AUUAACGGAAUAAAUGCGGGCGACAAACGGAAAUAGACGUAAAUAAAGGGAUCAAAAAACAAGAAGACAAGAACCAAAGCUAAAAGAGAAAAUAAGCAACCGAAACAGAAGGCCAAAGAAAUUAAAUAAAUAAAUAAAAUAAAAUAAAACAGAAAGAGGCCUCGUUUUCGUCUCGUGACGUUUUCGAUCUGGUGGCUUCUCUCUCUGGUCAUUUUUUUUUUGUUUGGUUUGAGGGACCUCAGUAGGGCUUCUUCUUCUUCGUCUUCUCUAUCAGACGUCCUUCCUCUUCGUACUCCUUUCUCCGCGGCGCGCCUUAGCCAUCGCCGUCUGUAUCACACGCUCCCGGAGGGUUAGAAGGAGGCCCUACUCGGGAUUCAGCACUUUGAUCUCUGGAGAGCUAUAACAGAGGGAAGGAAGGGACAGUGUUUCUUCUCUCGUGUGUGAAUUUGUUUAAGGUUAGUGGUGGUUUGUUAUUUGAUGCGUGGGCGGGGAUCUGAAUCCGCCGUGCUGCUGAAUAGUCUUGGUCGGACCCUGAGAUGGCCAAUCCCGGAGUCGGGACUUCCAAAUUUGUGUCUGUUAAUCUGAACAAGUCGUAUGGACAGCAGCAGUACCACCACGGUAACCAGUAUCAUUCAAGCUCUUCUUACGGGGCCAAUCGGGCUAGGCAUGGAGGAGGAGGAGGAGGGGGAGGAGGAGGGAUGGUUGUGCUCUCUCGCCCUCGUAGCUCACAAAAGGCUGCUGCGCCGAAGCUUUCUGUUCCACCCCCCUUGAAUCUGCCCUCACUCAGGAAGGAACACGAGAAGUUUGAUUCCGCAGGGGUGGUCGGAGGGCAUGCUGGCACUGGCUCUGGGAUUGGUCCCCGGCCUAGCUCUUCUGGAAUUGGAUGGACCAAGCCUGCAGCUAGUCAGCCAGAGAAAGAAGGAACGGGUGCUGGCGUCGGGGAUAGUUCAGCUGAUAAUAAUGUAGUGCAGAACUUUGUUAUUGAUCGAGGAUCAAGUGAGGCAGUUAAUGGGUUGAGCAAGGCCCGUGUAUACACUCCCCCUUCUGCACGCCCAAUGGUUUCAGCAGCAUCUGCUCCUUCUUCUCAAGGUUAUGCUGUAGCUGAAAAAGUGUCAGUGUUGAGAGGUGAGGAUUUUCCUUCUUUACAAGCAGCAUUGCCUAUCAAUACAGGUCUUGAAAAGAAGCAUAAGGAUGGCUUUAGUCAGAAACAAAAACAGAUGCAGGGCGAGGCAACUGGUGAUGGAGAAGUGGACAGUUCUGUUACGAGCGGCCGUGUCAACAUGCGCCCACAAUUUCAGUCUAGAAAUGCCAGCAGUGGGCUUGGAGAAACUGAUGGUCCGAAUCGCAGUUUCAGUGGUUCAGUUGUUUCUGGGAAAGACCGAAAGCAGGAGGAUUACUUCCCCGGCCCCUUGCCAUUAGUUCGGUUGAAUCCCAGAUCAGAUUGGGCAGAUGAUGAGCGUGAUACAGGGCAUGUGUUGACUGAGAGGGGCAGGGAUCACGGGUUUCCUAAGGGUGAAGUUUACUGGGAUAGGGAUUUUGAUUUCCCAAGGCCUAGUGUCCUACCCCAGAAAGCAGCACAUAAUAAUAACUUCGACAGAAGGAUACCACAUGACAAUGAAACUGGCAAAAUCUUGUCCAGUGAAGUCACAAAGGUAGAUGUUCCCAGCAGUGAUCUGAGAUCCUCGAGCAGAGAGGGACGAGAAGGGAACUCAUGGAGAUCUUCCUCAUCUCUUUCAAAGGAUGGAUAUGCUGGAUUUGAGCGUGGCAACAAUAAAAAUACUAAUUUUGGUGGUAAAAUGUCUACUCCGAACAGAGACACUACUAGGGACAACAAGCAUGUGUCCUCGCAUUCCUAUGCUGAUAUUGGAAGGAAGGAUGUGGGAUAUGGGCAGGGAGCAAGAGUACCGUGGAGCAAUUCAUCUGAUUCAGCUGGAAGUCGAGGGCCUGAGUGGAUGCAUCGAGACCGACCAGUAAAUGAGCAGCACAACCGAUACAGAGAUGACUCACAUCGCAAUAGUUCCACACAGAAAUCGUCAUUCUCUUCUGGUGCUAAAGGAACUUCUGUUAAUGAUCCCAUAUUGAAUUUCGGAAGGGAGAAACGGUCGUUUGCAAAAAGUGAGAAGCCUUAUCUAGAGGAUCCUUUCAUGAAGGAUUAUGGGGUGGGUUUUGAUGGACGUGAUCCACUUUCUGGUGCUCUUGUAGGGCUGGUAAAGAAGAGGAAGGAUGUGGUUAAACAGACGGAUUUUCAUGAUCCUGUUAGAGAAUCUUUUGAGGCUGAACUUGAAAGGGUUCAGAAGAUGCAGGAACAGGAGCGUCAGCGGAUAAUUGAAGAACAGGAAAGGGCUAUGGAGCUAGCACGCAGAGAAGAAGAGGAAAGGAUACAGAUAGCCAGAGAACAGGAAGAACAACAGAAGCGGUUGGAAGAAGAAGCAAGAGAAGCUGCAUGGAGGGUGGAAAACGAGCGGGUGGAAGCUGUUCGAAGGGCAGAAGAACAGAGGAUAGCUAGAGAGGAGGAGAAGCGGAGGUUUCUUCUGGAAGAGGAGAGGAGGGCACAAGCUGCAAAGCAGAAGCUUCUGGAACUGGAGGAAAGGAUGGCUAGGAGGAAUGCCGAAGGGGCAAAAGGUGGGAAUGGUAAUUCUUCGGGUGUUGUUGAUCAAAACACAACGGAGAUUGGGGAUGAAACAUGUGCUUCCAAGUUAGGAGACAUGGGUGACUGGGAAGAAGGCGAAAGAAUGGUGGACAGGAUCACAACAUCUGCUUCCUCUGAUAUGCCAGGAAUGAAUAGGCCAUUUGAUUUCGGUUCGAGGCCUUACUUUUCUAGAGAAAGCUCUUCCGUAUUUAUGGACAGAGGGAAGCCUGUGAAUCCAUGGAAGAGAGAUCCAUUUGACAGUGGUAACACCUCAGCCUUUGUUCCACAGGACCAUGAAAAUCAUCAUAGUCCUAGGCGAGAUAUUUCUGGAGGUAGAGGUUUUCCUAAAAGGGAAUUCUAUGGUGGACCUGGUUUAGUGCCCUCAAGGGCUUACCCUAGGGGAGGGAUCCUUGACCCUCCAACUGAUGAUUUUGGUCAAUUUAAAGGUCCAAGAUGGAAUACAUCUGGUGAAGGAGAUCCGUAUAGCAGAAACUUAGACAUUGAACCUGAGUUCAGUGAGAACUUUGUGGAGAGAUUCGGUGAUGCGAGCUGGGGAUAUGGUCGACCUCGUGGUAAUUUUUAUCCUCCAUACCAUGAGCGAGUUUACCAAAACCCGGAGUCGGAUGGCCUUUAUCCAUUUGCUAGGCCAAGGUACUCUAUGAGGCAGCCUCGGGUGUUACCACCUCCAUCUAUUAGUUCAAUGCAGAGAAGUGAUUACAGGGGGGUCAAUGAACAUUCCGGUACUUCUUCUUUUGUGGGAAGUGAGAGACAGUACAGUCAAGGUGCUAGAGAUGAAGUUACCGUGCAACCAAGAUAUGGCAACAGUUACACAGACAAUCUCAGUGGAGCUGAAGCAUUUGAUACUCUGCAAGAUACACAGGUGAAUGAGGUUGCAAAACUUGACAGAAGUACAGAGAGAUGCGAGUCACAGUCUUCAUUGUCUGUUUCCAGCCCUCCUGAUUCUCCAGUCCAACUCUCUCAUGAUGAGCUGGAUGAUUCCCUUGGAUCUCCUGUAUCUACUGGUAAAGCGAAAGAUGAAGCUUUGUUGAGACAUAUGAAUGAAUCUGGAGCCUUGCCUACUGAUGUUGAGAAAGAUAACGCGAUAGGUGGCAUGGCCAUCAUGUCCACUGGAGAUGACGAAGAAUGGGCAAUGGACAAUAAUGACCAGCUACAAGAACAAGAAGAAUAUGAUGAAGAAGAUGGUUAUGGUGAGGAAGAUGAAGUGCAUGAGGUAGAAGAGGACAAUAUCAACUUUACUCAAGAGUUUGAAGGUUUGCAUAUGGAGGAGAAAGAUUCUAUUGAUAUGGUAGAAAACUUAGUGUUAGGUUUCAAUGAGGGGGUAGAGGUCAAGUUGCCAGAUGAUGAGCUGGAAAGAAGCUCAGGAAAUGAUGAAAGUAGGUUUCUGUUACCUCAGGUUCCUGUUGAAAGUACCAAUGGCCAGGAUUCCUUCGACGGAACAAGCUGUGGUGGACAGAGCACUCAACCUGUAGAUAGUACUCAUACUAAUGCUGACUGUUCUUCCAGAAUCUUCCAGGAGACUGAAAAGGGAUUGCAAGAUUUAACUAUUCAACCGACAAAUUCUCCCGAGUCAGCAGCUCCAGAGCUUGUUAACCAGCUGGAUCCUUCUGGUAGUGCUGGUUUAUCCACCCUGUCCCAGGUCCUGUACUCCGCCGCUCAGACUUCGACAUCCUCCGUUCCUCCUGUUUCAACUCAGCCUGAGGUGCCAGUGAAGCUUCAGUUUGGUCUGUUUUCAGGUCCAUCUCUUAUACCAUCACCAAUCCCAGCUAUACAAAUUGGCUCCAUUCAGAUGCCUCUUCAUCUGCAUCCCCCAGUAGGUGCAUCUCUGAGUCAUAUGCACCCAUCACAAGCUCCCCUCUUUCAGUUUGGCCAACUGAGGUAUACGUCCCCUAUGUCCCAGGGGAUUUUACCGUUGGGUCCACAAUCCUUGCCCUUCAUUCAACCAACUGUUCCUGCCAAUUUUCGUUUGAAUCAAAACAUGGUAGGUUCUUUACCUCUGCAACCUGGUCAAGAUGUUUCUGCUCAGAGCUUUGUUAAAAGCGAGGCUAUGCCUAUAUCAAUUGAUAACAAACCAGGCAUCCUACCGAGGCAAUCGAACUUGUCGCAAGGCAUUUUGUCGAAAGAUAACGGUAACAAUGUUGGUAAUGUACAGCAGAGCUGUGGAGGUCCUUCCCGCUCUAUUGACAUAUUUCCAAGGCCCGAGCCAUCUUUGCAAUUCGAAGAUUCAUUUGUGAAAAACGAAUCACAAUAUAGAACUGUGCCCUCUCAGUCAGUUUCAAAGGAAAAAGAUCAACCCAGUAUGUCAAGGGGCGCAGGGGUUGGUACAUCAAGUGGGAGAGGGAAAAGAUACAUCUUCCAAAUGAAAAAUUCCGGUCCAAGAUCAUUUCAAACUCCUGAAGCUUCUCGUAUGGACGCUAGUGUGGGUUUCCAGAGAAGACCCCGUCGCCAGAGAACUGAAUUUCGAGUCCGGGAAAAUUUUGAUAAGAGACAAUCCUUUGGGGUUGUCUCAGUGCAAGAUGACAGGUCUAACAUCAUUGGUAGGGGAGGUGGAGCAAGAGGUGGUUCCAGGAGGGUGUUUGUCUCAAAUAGACAACCAAAACAGUCAUUUGAUUCAGAAGGCUUCACUUCUCGGCCUGUUAGCACACGAGAAGUUGAUUCUGGAAACAGGGUGGGGAAGGCUGCCAGUGGAAAAGAGCCUCUUAGAAAGAGUCGGAACAUUGUGCAUUCUGGAGAAGAUGUUGAUUCUUCUUUACAGAGUGGAGUAGUGCGUGUUUUUGAGCAACCUGGCAUAGAAGCUCCGAGUGAUGAUGAUGACUUCAUUGAGGUGAGGUCAAAAAGGCAAAUGUUGAAUGAUCGUCGUGAGCAGAGAGAAAAGGAAAUUAAGGCCAAAUCUCGUGUUUCCAAGAUGCAAAGGAAAGAUCGUUCUACUUCACGAAAUAAUUUUGGUCCUGCCUCCUCAAACAAAGUUUCGGUUGCUGGAGAAACAUCAAACAUCAAACGUUCAGGUGCUCUGAAGCAAGGAAAUGCACUGGCAAAUGUUGAAAUUUCAGCAGGGUUCAUAACCCCUGUGGUGUCUCAGCAAUUACCUCCAAUUGGUACUCCUUCACUGAAAAAUGAUGCUCCAGCAGAUGUUAAGGCUCAGACGAUCAAGUCCGCUCAGGUGAGUAAUGUACCUGUUGUGGCAGAUAAUGGAAAGAAUCUAGCCUCUGGCAUAAUGUUUGAUGGAAAUGGCAAGGUUAUGACCUUAACUCAAACUCAAUUUGAUGAAGCUAUGAAGCCUGGACAGUUUGAUUCUGUCCCUUCCGUCGGCGAUCCUUCUAGUGCACCAAAUGAACCCAGCUUGGCGCCAUCAUCAAUCUUGAGCAAAGAAAAACCAUUUCCUUCUUCUUCUGCUGCCAGCCCCAUCAACUCGUUGCUUGCUGGGGAGAAAAUUCAAUUUGGUGCAGUUACAUCGCCGACAGUUCUACCUCCAAGUAGCCGUGGUAUUCUCCCUCCUGUGCCAUCUCUAUCUGACAUCCAGCUUUCUCACAACCUGUCUGCUGGAGAAAACAACUGCUCUCUGUUCUUUGAAAAAGAAAAACAUUCUUCCAGCGAGACCUGUGCUCGAUUGGAUGAGUGCGAAGCAGAAGCAGAGGCAGCUGCUUCAGCUGUUGCAGUUGCAGCCAUAAGCAAUGAUGAGACAGUUGGGAGUGGGUUAGGGCCAGGACCUGGAUCUGCCACAGACUCCAAGGGUUAUGGUGGUGUUGAUCUAACUGGUGUACCUAGUGAUCAGCCAUCCACAAGUCAGUCAAGAGCUGAGGAUUCUCUUAGUGUGGCUCUUCCAGCAGAUCUAUCUGUUGAAAACCCUCCAAUAUCAUUAUGGCCAACUCUACCAAGCCCACACAAUGCAUCCUCAAGUCAGUUACUUUCCCAUGUUCCUGGUGGGCCUCAUCACUUCCCGUUCUAUGAGAUGAAUCAUCCCAUGUUGGGUGGGCCAAUCUUUGCAUUUGGUCCGCACGACGAAUCUGCAUCUCCUCACUCGCAGCAGUCCCAGAAGAGUAAUAAUGUGUCGGUUUGUGGUCCAGUUGGGACAUGGCAACAUCACUCUGGUGUGGAUUCAUUCUAUGGCCCCCAUCCAGGUUUCACUGGCCCGUUCAUGACUCCUCCCCCGGGGAGCAUUCCGGGCGUUCAGGGCGCAUCACACAUGGUUGUCUACAAUCACUUCGCUCCAGUUGGGCAGUUUGGGCAAGUCGGGUUGAGUUUUAUGGGGACUACAUAUAUUCCAUCUGGGAAGCAACCUGAUUGGAAACAUAAUCCGGUUUCUUCUCCAAUGGGAGUCGGUGAAGCAGUCGACAUGAAUAACUUAAAUGCUGCUGUCUCGGCACAGCGGAAUCCCAGCAACAACAUGCCUCCUACCAUCCAGCAUCUUGCCCCUGGCGCCCCUCUUCUGCCCAUGGGUUCCCCAUUGGCCUUGUUUGACGUUUCUCCUUUCCAGUCAUCACCUGAUAUGUCAGGCCAGGCUCGUUGGUCCCAUAUUCCAGUAUCAUCAACUCUUCAGUCUGCUACAGUAUCAAUGCCAUUGCAGCAAUCACAGACAGAAGGUGUUCUUCCGUCUCAGUUUUCCCAUGGACCUGCAGUAGACCAAUCACUGGCCGGCAACAGAUUCAGCGAAUCGCGUCAGCAACAGCAGUCAUCAUCAGACAAUGCCAGAAACUCGACUGAUUCUGCAACUAUCACACGGCUGCCAGAAGAGCUCGGGACAAGUGCUGGCAAUUCUUCAACACAGGCAACUGUCCCCAAGAGCUCGGCAGAUAGCGGGAAGAAGGACGAUGUUCAGAAUGGCAGCUGUAAUAAUACCACCACCAGCGUUGGGCCAAACUUGAAGCCCCAACAGCCUCAUCAGAAGAACACAUCGUAUGGUGGCGGCGGCUCAUCUGGGUAUAACAACUAUCAGAGGGGCGGCGGAGUUUCUCAGAAGAGUAGUUCCGGGGGUGAAUGGUCUCAUCACCGAAGAACCGGAUACCAAGGAAGGAAUAAUCAAUCUCUUGGUACGGAGAAGAACUAUCCUCCUUCGAAGAUGAAGCAGAUUUAUGUAGCGAAGCAGCCUGCGACGAGAACGACAGGGACGUCCUCGAAUGGAAGCAGUUGAGGUUUGGGAGUUUGCUCAAGUAACACUUUUUAGUGGGGUUUUUUGAUUUGGUCGGGUGAUUUUGCGUUGUUGGCAUUCCGAGUGGUGUGGGUAUUUACACCCAUCCAAAAGAAAAAGGAAGGCUUAGGGGCCUUUGGGAAAAGGAUGUCUCUGGGAUAUUAGGGAUUCUUUAGGUAAGAGAAGAGAGAGAAAGAAUUGUAGUUUGCAUAAGGGUAGGAAUGCCAGGUGUUGCUUUUCCUCUAUUGGGAUUUGGGUUCCAGUUUUGUGUAUCACCUUUGUUGGGCUUUUGAUGAGCGACCUAAUUGUAAUUUUGCUUUUAUGGGUUUUUUUAUGGCCGUCGAGUUUAAACUAACAGUCAAAAUUCAAUCAUGACUUAAAUUAUACAUAUUUC